AUGCCUCAGGAUAUGCCCCCCGCUGGGGGCUACGCUCAAGUCCAGUACAAGCGUAACCUCCCAGCCCGUGGCUUCAAGCCCGUUGUUUACAUGAUCGGUAUGCACGCUAUCAUGGCAUACGGCUUCUACAAAUACUUCCACGGUGUCCGCGAGCAACGUGAGCUUGCUCGUGAGAAGAUGUGGUCUCGUUUGUAUCUGGCCCCUCUCCUCCAGGCUGAGGAGGACCGUGAUCAGGUCCGUCGGCACUACGCCGACAAGGCUCGCGAGAAGGAGCUUUUGGGUACUGAGAGCAAGGUCUACAAUUCUGACCGCUUCAUCCGCCCUACUUUCGUCUAUACCCCGUCCAAGGUUACCCAAUAA